AAUCUUCAUUUAGAAAACGUCCACUAUUACCUUUGGGUUUGAUGGGGUUUCUGUGUAUUUAGUUCUGCUUCAAACUGAUCUCUUUUAAUUCUCACAGAUCUCCAAAACCUCUCACUAAGGCUUUGACUACAUACAAUUCUUGGUUGUUUGCCCUAAUUUUUCCAAUUAUUUGUUUCGGGCAUUUCAAAUCUUGGAAGUUGUUACGCCUAAAUCAUGAAAACUUGGAAUUUUGCGCUUCUUAGUUUUCUUAUUUUUGCGUUAUUGUGUUUGAGCUUUGAUCAUGGCACAUCUCAAUCGGAGGAGUCUAAAACGAACAAAUUUAGAGAGCGUGAAGCCACUGAUGAUGCCCUUGGUUACCCCAAUUUUGAUGAGGACGAGCUGUUGAAUACACAAUGCCCUCGGCAUCUGGAACUUAGGUGGCAGACUGAAGUGAGUUCUAGCAUAUAUGCAACUCCCUUAGUUGCAGACAUUAACAGUGAUGGAAAGCUUGAAGUCGUAGUUCCUUCGUUUGUGCAUUACUUGGAAGUCCUAGAAGGAUCUGAUGGAGAUAAAUUACCAGGAUGGCCAGCUUUUCAUCAGUCUACAGUCCACUCUAGUCCUCUUCUUUACGAUAUUGAUAAGGAUGGCGUUAGAGAAAUUGCUUUAGCCACCUAUAAUGGUGAAGUGCUCUUUUUCAGGGUUUCCGGAUACAUGAUGUCAGAUAAACUGGAGAUUCCAAGAUUGAAAGUUAAAAAGGAUUGGCAUAUUGGUUUGCUUCCAGAUCCUGCUGAUCGUUCACAUCCAGAUGUUGACGAUGACCAAUUGAUCCAUGAGGCUCUUGUGGACUCAUUACAUCAGCCUAAUGCAAGUACACUUGCAGCAAAUACUAUAAACUCCACAAGUCACAAUGACUCAUCAAAUCCUGUCCCAGAAGAAGUUCAUAAUGACACUUCAUCAAAUCACACAAUCUCUUCUGAUAUUCAAAACAGUCAGCUGAAUGGGAGCUCGCUUGCUGCAAAUACCUCUGACUCCAUAGAGAGUGUCCAUGACUCGUCUAAUUCUGACUCCAUAGAGAGUGUCCACGACUCAUCUAAUUCUGUCCCAGAAGAAGUUCAUCACGACACAUUAAACAGCACCACCUCUGCUGAAGACAAAAAGAGUGACAGUCCAGUGGGUGUAGGCAUCAAGGCACCGCCACAAACAAAUGAUACAUCUUCCUCUUCUGAGAAAGUUAGUGGUGAAGAAACUGGAAACACUGCAAGAAGGAGGCUUUUUGAAGUUAAAGAUACAAAAGACAAUGAGGAUGUUCAUGCUGCAACUGUAGAAAAUGAUGGAGGUCUGGAAGCAGAAGCUGACUCCUCAUUUGACUUGUUCAGAGAGACGGAUGAGUUGGAUGAUGUGUAUAACUAUGACUAUGAUGAUUAUCCUGAUGAAACCUUGUGGGGUGAGGAGGAAUGGACUGAAUCACAACAUGAAAAUUUAGAAGAUUAUGUUCACAUAGAUGCCCAUGUCUUGUGCACUCCAGUCAUAGCAGACAUAGAUCACGAUGGUGUCUUUGAGAUGAUUGUUGCUGCUUCUUACUUCUUCGACCGCGAGUAUUAUGACAAUCCAGAACAUUUGAAGGAGCUUGGUGGUAUUGAUAUCGGAAAAUAUGUUGCUGGUGGCAUUGUGGUUUUCAACCUUGAUACAAAGGAGGUUAAAUGGAGUGCACAAUUGGAUAUGAGUACUGAAACUGGAAAAUUCCGUGCCUACAUCUAUUCUUCUCCUACAGUUGUUGAUUUGGAUGGUGAUGGAAACCUGGACAUUCUAGUUGGGACAUCUUUUGGCUUGUUCUAUGUGUUGGACCACCAAGGCAAAGUUAGAGAGAAAUUUCCCCUUGAGAUGGCUGAAAUUCAAGGAGCAGUUGUUGCAGCUGACAUUAACGACGAUGGUAAAAUUGAAUUAGUCACGGCUGACGCCCAUGGAAAUGUUGCUGCAUGGACCCCACAAGGAAAAGAAAUUUGGGUGACACAUGUGAAGAGCCUUGUUCCACAGGGACCCACCAUUGGAGAUGUAGAUGGGGACGGACACACCGACGUUGUUGUGCCAACUCUAUCUGGAAACAUAUAUGUUCUGAGUGGCAAGGAUGGGUCAAUUUCACGGCCAUAUCCUUAUAGAACACAUGGAAGAGUGAUGAAUCGAGUUCUUCUAGUUGACUUGAAAAGGCGUGGGGAGAAGCAGACGGGGCUAACGAUUGUUACUACAUCAUUUGAUGGGUAUUUAUACCUCAUAGACGGCCCUACAUCAUGUGCUGAUGUUGUGGAUAUUGGCGAAACAGCAUAUAGCAUGGUUUUGGCUGACAAUAUAGAUGGUGGGGAUGACCUUGAUCUUAUAGUUGCUACAAUGAAUGGAAAUGUCUUCUGUUUUUCGACCCCUUCACCACACCAUCCUCUCAAGGCUUGGAGGUCACCGACUCAAGGGAGAAAUAAUGUAGCGCAUCAGCCCAAUCGCCAAGGAAUUUAUAUUACUCCAUCAUCACGCGCUUUCAGAGAUGAAGAAGGGAAGCACUUCUGGGUUGAAGUCGAGAUUGUUGACAGAUACAGGUUUCCAUCUGGUUCCCAAACACCUUAUAAUGUCACGAUAAGCUUGUUGGUUCCUGGUAAUUACCAAGGAGAGAGAACGAUUAAGCAAAACCAGAUCUUUGAUCGUCCUGGGACACAUCGGAUUAAACUUCCGACAGUAGGUGUAAGAACUGCUGGAACUGUAAUGGUGGAGAUGGUUGACCGAAACGGGAUCUAUUUCUCAGAUGAAUUUUCACUUACAUUCCAUAUGUACUACUACAAACUGUUGAAGUGGCUUCUUGUCCUUCCAAUGCUUGGAAUGUUUGGCAUUCUCGUCAUCCUGCAUCCCCAAGAAGGCACGCAGUUGCCAUCGUUUUCACGGAACAGUGACUAGUGAAUAUCUGACAAUGACUUUGCAUCGGCUACAAAGAAGCCGAAGCGCGGUUUUGCAAGAAACUCUUGGGAGAGACUUAAUCGGUGAAAUUCUGUACCUGGGAGUUUAAAUUAUGAAGAUGUCUUGCAAAGCCUAUUUUUCCUCUGAGAAGUUGCUGGCUGGCUGAAUUGCAUAUAGAAGUUGAUGCUGUGACUGAGGAAACUUGUUCCCUUAAUUUUGCCUGUUUGUGAAGAGGACAUCUUUGUUAGGUAGUGCUAAAAAAAUCUGAUAUACUAUGAUGUUAGCUCAUUACAUUGAUUUUAAUUUGACCUGUUUUUCAUUGCUGCCCUA